UUCAUGCUGAGGCAAUCGUAGCAGUCGAAACGGAGACACCACCUAUUAUAUCAUGUCCAUACAACUCAAAUGCUUGCAUUAGAACAAAUGCAUCUUCCUUACUACCUGCUUCUACGUUUGUAAAACAAUCCACAAGCCCGAGGAGCGAAAUGGUCUGAGCGCUAAAGAAGGAAGGGCGCGCGUCUCCUCACUUCAGAACGAUGGACAGCUCCCCAAUAACUUGGAGACCGGCUGCAAGACUUGUAGGAGUUAAUUUCUCCAACCUGGAAUGAAGAGCUAUUGGAAAUGAACGACGACUAACUAUGGUGGAUUUUAUUUGUAUCUUAUCAUCAGGUACAGGUCCACAUCCGGACAUAUUGAAGUGAGAAAUGGACUUUGCUGAAAUUAUUUUCGCGUUGUUCAUUGUCGUGGUCGCAAUUGUGUCUUUGUUGUCGAACUUGUUGGUGCUACUAUGUUUCGUACACAGCACCGAGAUACGGCGACAGGUUCCAGGUAUAUUCACCAUGAACCUGUCUUUUUGCAACAUUCUCAUCACUAUUUUAAACAUGCCAACGACAUUGGUGGGGAUUAUCAGAAAUCAGCAACCCUUUGGUAAUUGCCUUUGCCAUACUGUAAGCUUUCUGGAGACUUUUUUGACUGCGAACACUAUGUUGAGCAUGGCAGCUCUUAGCAUUGACCGGUGGAUAGCGGUGGUCUUUCCCUUGAGUUACUCCAGCAAGAUGAGAUACAAGGAUGCAGUGAUCAUGGUUUGCUACUCGUGGCUGCAUUCACUCACGUUUUCCCUCAUUGCGCUCCUCUUCUCCUGGGUUGACUACAGCCACAUUUACGCGUCCUGUACCUUGCAUCUAACUGAGGAGAGCGACCGCAUUAAGUUUACAGUUUUCACCGUUGUUUUCCAUGCCACUAGCUUCGUGUUAUCCCUUCUAAUCCUGUGCUUCACGUACUUGAAGGUUUUAAAAGUUGCACGGUUUCAUUGCAAGAGGAUUGAUGUAAUAACCAUGCAGACCCUUUUUUUGCUGGUAGAUAUCCACCCAAGUGUGAAACAAAGAUGUCUGGUAGAGCAAAAAAGGAGGAAACAGAGAGCCACCAAGAAAAUCAGCAUCUUUAUUGGCUCCUUUAUCGUCUGUUUUGCUCCAUAUGUAAUUACAAGAUUGACUGAACUACUUCCCUUUGUGGGCAUCAACCGCCACUGGGGGAUCGUCAGUAAGUGCUUGACAUACAGCAAGGCUGCGUCCGACCCCUUUGCCUACUCCCUCCUGCGUCAACAGUACAAGAAGGUCCUGGUUACCGUCGUCAACAGACUACUGCGCCGUGACCUGUACCCCUCGUCCGGGCACAACAGCUCUUUAGACACGGAGAACGACUACUGUCUCCAGAGGAUCAGUUAAUGACAUCUGCUCGGACAUGGGAAAUAACGCCGGUGCCCAAAAAUAAUGUCUGCCUCAUAGGUAAAGAGAGGGCGAGAAGAGAUGGGGAUCAAUGAAGGUGAUACAUGGAAAGAAAACAGGAUAGAGAGAAUUGAAGGGGGUGGGUCAUUGUGGGUGGAGGGACUGAGAGACAGUAGGAUGGGAAAGUCACAUGGGGGGGGGGGGGGGGGGUAAGGUUGGUACAAUAGAGGGAGACACAAGAAGAUGAUAGAGCAGAAGCACACUGUAAGAGAGAUGAAAAGCCAAGGAGAGUGAUCGCAUUCUGAGACACUGGCUCCAGACCGUAUUGGUAAACAAGGGAUGCGAUCUAUGACUCUCUGGCAAUGCCACAAACACAAGUACCCCCCGCACAAACACGCAAAUACACGCACACAAACGCUCACACACAAACAUACGCACACACACAGAUAACGAUGAAAUGGAUCGAUAUUUUUUGAUAAGCCGUUGGCUUAGUUGACAAACAGGGAACGACAGAUUCUGAUCACAGUGCUCGAGACCCCAUGCGUAUCAUAGCUUAGCACUAUUAUCAGAGCUAAGGGAAAGGCAUUUGCUUACUAUCACAACCUCUGGCAUAGUCACUUUUAACCAUGCUUUGUGACCCACAGAAAACAGGGACUUGAAGUAGAAGUCAGUUAUGUUCUGUGAAUUGAUUGUGAUGAAUCAUGGAUGUCAAAGCUAGCAUCUGUCUAGCUCACACUGAGCACUGGCGCUGCCAGGGGCAUCAGGCUAUUUCUUUAAAUUAUAUUAAAUCAUAUAGCCUCCUCACAAUGGCAAGUGCCACAAAGUGGUGACUGUGUUCUGUAUGGACUGUGUUAGACUUCUCUGCAGUUCUUCACAAAUGUCAUGUCAAUCACUGGAUAAUGAUGCACUUUGUAUAAUUCUCUCAAACCUACUAGUUUCAAGAGCCAAAGGUAAAUCAAAUUUUUACUAUGAUGUUAAAGUGUAUAUUGUAAUUGAAUGUAUGACAGAUACUUUGGAAUGAAAUGCAUUUGUACCUCUGUACUUAUUUUGGUGGUUGCAAAAAAUAUUUGUACAGAUACAUAGUGUAAUCUUAACUCUUCUGCACUGUACAAUAAAUUAUUAUAUCUAUUUGUAGAAAUGAUUCGCUAACUACAGUUGUGCUACGUAAUGUAGCAAAAGAAUGUCAUUAUGUUCAAGUGCUUUAAAGACACUUGUCUUUGUGCCAGAUUUCAACAUGUGACUGUUAAACGUUUUGAUACAGUUAAAAUGAAGAUAGUUGUUUCAUGAAAACGUGUUCUUUGGGUGUAGACACAGGUGUUUUUAAUUAUGUGAGCCAGUUGCUGUUCUUUGGCAGUGUAAGGUUAAGCUGCUGUAUGUGAAAU